GGAUUCAUAACAGUUACAUAAUAUUAGUCAUUACAAUACUGGUAACUUACUUAUGAAUAAGAAAUGCGAUGUACUUAUGUAAACAAAUAGCUAUAGUUGUGUAAAUCAAAUGUAUCCGAAAUUAAAUGUUACCUAAGAUAGGCGAGAAGGUCGUCGAGUAUUAGAGUAUAAUUCAGUUAGUAAGGAUCAACUGCGGUCUUAAUACCAUGAAGCCCGAUGCACUUGAGAGGCGUCCGAGCCAACCGGACUACAGCUCUAGCUCACAACUGUUUAGUAUCACACGGUAAACGAAGGAGUACACGUAUUCAGUUUUUUGCCGGUCCUAUGAGCAACAUCAAAAAUGAGGGAAGGUUUAAAUAUAUCUUCACUGCCGAGUCCUAUAGGAAGAUACAAGCUUAUUAAGAAACUUGGUUCUGGUAUAUUUGGCGAAGUCUUCAAAGCAACAGACGCGCAGGCAGCCGAUAAAGCCGUGGCAGUCAAAGUACAGAUACAUUUCGAAGACGAUGAUGCACAUAUUCAUGAAGAAUAUAAAAUAUUACGGGACUUCACAUCUCAUCCCAAUCUAAUCGAUUUUUAUGGAGUAUUCUGUGAAAAAUCUGAAAGCCUUAAAAAAAUAUGGUUCAUAUUAGAGUUAUGCGAUUUUGGAACUGUCAUGGAUAUUGUCAGAAAAUUGAAAGCCACCGACAGGAAAAUGUCUGAAGAACACAUCGCUUACAUACUCAAAUAUACGAUCAAGGCGGUGUGUUACCUCCAUGAAAAUAAAAUUAUACACAGAAAUAUAAGAUGCAGUAACAUUUUGAUUAGUAAGGAUGGCGAAGUUAAGUUAAUAGACUUUGCCUUAGCCUGCAAAUUAAGUGGGAAUGCAGAAAAAACUAGAACAAAUAUUGGAUCUCCAAGUUGGAUGGCUCCAGAAGUAGUUGCAGUCAGUGAAGAAGGCUAUGACAAUAGGAUUGAUGUUUGGGCUUUGGGUAUAACAACUAUUGAAAUGGUUGAUGGCAAAGGACCUUUUCAAGACAUGCAUCCGACUAGGGCGAUGUUCCAAAUUUUAAGGAAUCCUCCACCUAGUGUUUGCAAACCAUCCAUGUCUUCUAACGACAUUAAUGAUUUUAUUGCUGAAUGUCUUGAAAAGAAUCCCGAACAUCGUCCUUACAUGAUGGAAUUGGAGGAACAUCCAUUCAUUCAAUUAGUACCAGAAAAUGAUUAUCAUUUAUCGACAGAGCUAAAAAUGCUAGCCGUAGAUUUGAAUAAUACACCGGCACCUGAGAAAAUACCAGAAAGGAUAAUCAAAAAUGGUCUUUUAACAACAGAAGGAGUACAUGAACCAGAAACAAUGCAAGUAGAAGAUCUUGCAGCAUUAGAUAUACUAACUGAAGAUAAUCUGAUGUCUGAAUUAUAUACUAAGCUUGCAAAAGGAUCGUUUACAUCUUUUAUCGGCGAUGUUUUAUUAAUUUUAAAUCCUAACAUGCACGCUGAUAUCUACGGUGAAAAUUAUCAUAAAAAAUAUGAAUGUAAAUCAAGAUCUGACAAUGAACCGCAUAUAUUUGCGGUCGCUGACGGAGCUUAUCAAGACGCCAUGCAUCACAAUGAACCCCAGCAUAUAGUGUUUUCCGGAGAAAGUAAAUCUGGAAAAACAACAACUAUGAUCCAUGCACUCUCACAUCUUUCUUACUUGGGUGCUAUGAAGAAUAAUACAGCUGAGAGGAUUCAAAAAGCAAACGAAGUGAUACAAGCAUGUAUAAGUGCUGCAACUCCAGUAAAUCCUAACUCUACGAGAGGGAUUUUACAAGUUCAAGUUACGUAUGGUAGCUCUGGUAAAUUAAGUGGAGCUAUAUUUUGGCUCUAUCAACUAGAAAAGUGGCGCGUCUCUUCAACUGAUAUGGCUCAUGCAAAUUUUAACCUCCUUUAUUACUUUUAUGAUGCAAUGGAAGCUGAAAAUAGAUUAGAAGAACUUUAUUUAGAAAAAUAUAGAAAACAUCGUUAUUUGCGUAUUUUAGAAGAACCACCUAGAGGAGUAAGAGGUGUCCGUGAGACACCAUCGGAUAAUGUCGCUAAAUACAAAGAAUUUGUUGAACAUUUAAAGAUUCUAGAUUGGGAACAGGAGGAUAUUAAAUUCUUUGAAACUGUGCUAGCAGCUAUCCUAGUAAUUGGGAAUGUUAGAUUCAAAGAUAGUAGAAACGGUACUGCCGAGAUAGAAAACCCAGAAGAAGCGAAGAAGGUUGCUAAAUUACUGUCAUUGGAUGAAGUGAAAUUUCUCUGGGCUUUAUUAAAUUAUUGUUUGAUCGAAAGAGGUACUGCUAUUAAGAAAAGACAUUCCACUGAUGAAGCAAGGGAUGCCAGGGAUACCCUUGCUAGUGCACUGUACAAGAGGUUAAUCGAUUGGAUGAUAAAUAUGAUUAAUUCCAAAUUAUCAUUUAUGAGAUCUGUAUUCGGCGACAAAUAUUCGGUCAGUUUACUAGACAUGUUUGGUUUCGAAUGUUUUCACAGAAACCGCUUGGAACAAUUGAUUGUUAAUACGACAAAUGAACAAAUACAAUUCCUAUACAAUCAGAGAAUAUUCGCUUGGGAAAUGCAAGAAGAGGAACAGGAAGGCAUCCAAGUAGCUCCCCUGCAUUAUUAUGAUAAUAAGAGCUCUGUUGAUCAGCUGAUGGCUAGACCAGCUGGAAUUUUUUAUCUUUUAGAUGAAGCAAGUAGGAAUGGAAGCGGUCAAGAAUUUAUCAUGAAUGCCAUCAGAACAUCUAGUAAAGGCCCAUACGUUAAGAUGUCUGGUAGCCAUGAAUUUAGUGUCGCACACUACACGGGCAAAGUCAACUACGAUGCUAGAGAAAUGGCUGACAAGAAUAAAGAUUUUCUUCCUCCAGAAAUGAUCGAAACAAUGAGAGCGUCACAAAAUGCCACACUUCAACAACUAUUCAAGAACAAGUUGACAAAGACUGGUAACUUGACCAUUGUCUCGACACAGUCAAAGCCACAAGCUGCUAGAUCCAAGAACGAAAAAGAAAUGGAAAACCUUAAAGCUAGGAAAUAUAACACCGUGUCUCGAGGUCAUUACUCCCAGAGUCACAGGAUGAGGACUGCUGCAGCCACAUACAGGGCUACCAGUUUGGAGAUUCUAAAACAGCUUUCAAUAGGUCCUGGGAGUGGUGGCACUCAUUACGUGCGUUGCGUUAGAGCGGACUUGACUGAUACCCCUCGCGGUUUCCAAGGAGAAGUUGUACGCCAACAACUGAGGGCGCUUGCUAUAUUGGAUACAGCCAAAGCGCGACAGAAGGGAUUCUCAAGUCGUGUACCUUUCGCUGAGUUUAUACGCAGAUAUCGAUUCCUGGCUUUCGACUUCGAUGAAAACGUGGAGGAGACAAAAGACAACUGCCGUUUGCUGCUGAUCCGUUUAAAAAUGGAAGGUUGGGAAUUAGGCAAAUCAAAGGUCUUCCUUAAAUAUUACAACGAGGAAUUCUUGUCCAGAUUGUAUGAGACUCAAGUGAAGAAAAUCAUAAAAGUGCAAUGUAUGAUGCGGGCGUUCUUAGCCAAGCGAAAGACAGUUCAAAACAAAUCUAAAGCUAUGCAUAUUAAAGAACUAAAAAAGCAACAAUCAAAGAAUGUUAGUGAAGAUGAAGCCGCAUUAACUAUUCAAAAAGCAUAUCGGGGCUAUGUGGUACGUAAGGCAUACGGGCCUCUAGUUAAGCAGACAUCAGAUCAAAUUGACGAAGAGACCGCAACCUUUCUAAAGAGAUAUGCAAUGAAAUGGAAGAGCCGCUCUAUAUUCCAAGUUCUGCUGCAGUACAGAGCCAUGAGAUAUCAAGAUUUAGUACAUUUCUCGCAACAGAUUCACAUCUACAAUCAAGCAUUGGUCGAAGGACUGGUCACCACGAACACAUCAGUUACAUUGGAUAAAAUUGAUCCUAACGCUAAAGAGAUCACAUACCUAGGAUCUGUUCGUCCUACAGUAUGGAAGUUGCCGUUUAGAAUUGAUCAAUUACAAUUCUUCGAUACAUCGGCCAUGUGCGAUCCAAAUGUUAAGACCACUGACACUCUCGCCACCCCUAACGAUUCCGACCACGAGCAAUGGGAUGAACCGUUGAAGCGCGGAUACUCGACACAGACGGACCCCUACAUGCUGUCUGCAAGCACCCAGACCCUCAUUACUAUGCCGUUCUGCAGAGAUCCCAUGCAGCCACUACCCAAGCUACCCUCCGAGGAUACCUUAGCCAGAUCUUCUAUAGCCCACGAUGUAUACGUCGGAACAGGUAGCCGCCCAGUCGUUUACAAGAAGAAAAUGAACCAAUCCCCACAAGGUUACUACCAACCACCAACACCUUGGGCCAGUCCUCGGGACGAUACUGAUAUUCUAGAAAAUACCACCUCGCCCAUGCGUAGGUCGAAUUUUAGCCGUAGUAUGCACACAUUCGAUGUCGACAUCCAAGACCCUAUACAAGAACUCCAGGCAUUGGCCAAAUCCGCCAACGAUGUGAGCGAUGAUGACCCACCUUUCAACUUUCAGGCCAUGCUAAAGAAGACACCGAAGAACAGAGCAUCAAUGAAACGAUACAAUGAAAUGGAUGUAUUUGAAGACAAACGCGCAGCUCCUAAGUAUAUCAUAUCUCCGGAUAGACAAGGAGUUCCUCCUAGAUAUGACAUGCCUAUGAAUGCACCACGAACAACGCCAUAUUACAUGUCCCAAGCACCAUCCAGUGUGAUGUCUCCGGUUGUAGAGAGUCGAUCUCAGAGAGACUUCGUCAAAGAAGAUACAGAUUAUUAUAUCACGGAUUCAAACAGAGCCAAUUCGAAUACUGAUUUGAGUAACACUAAAGAUGGCUCCAAGUCCGACGCAUCUACAGUUACGGAAAUUGCUCCGGGAAUUACUUUAGAAGGCGCUGUAGCAGAUUUGUAGAUGAAAAUAAUGCAUUAUCAUAGUAUAUUCGUAGGUGAUUUGUGA